AUUGAAACGUUUAAAGUUGCGAUUAACAAGACCAUCGACAAACGUUUCAAGACAUAACUGCUGAACAAGUGAAAUAUAAGGGCACCAUUGAAACGCUCAAAGAAGUGAUGAACAAUACCAUCGACAAACGUUUCCAAAACAUAACUGCUGAACAAGUGAAAUAUAAGGACAACAUUGAAACGUUAAAAGAAGUGAUUAACAAGACCAUCGACAAACGUUUCCAAGACAUAACUGCUGAACAAGUGAAAUUUAACGACACCAUUGAAAAGUUCAAAGUUGCGAUUAACAAGACCAUCGACAAACGUUUCCAAGACAUAACUGCUGAACAAGUGAAAUAUAAGGACACCAUUGAAAACGUUCAAAGAAGUGAUGAACAAUACCAUCGACAAACGUUUCCAAGACAUAACUGCUGAACAAGUGAAAUAUAAGGACACCAUUGAAACGUUCAAUGAAGUGAAUGAACAAUACCAUCGACAAACGUUUCCAAGACAUAACUGCUGAAAACAAGUGAAAUAUAAGGACACCAUUGAAAGCGUUCAAAGUUGCAAUUAACAAGACCACCGACAAACGUUUCCAAGACAUAACUGCUGAACAAGUGAAAUAUAAGGACACCAUUGAAACGUUGAAUGAAGUGAUGAACAAUACCAUCGACAAACGUUUCCAAGACAUAACUGCUGAACAAGUGAAAUAUAAGGACACCAUUGAAACGUUUAAAGUAUCGAUUAACAAAACCAUCGACAAACGUUUCCAAGACAUAACUGCUGAACAAGUGAAAUAUAAGGACACAAGUGAAACGUUCAAAGUUGCGAUUAACAAGCGCAUCGGCAAACGUUUCAAAGACAUAAAUGCUGAACAAGUGAAAUAUAAGGACACCAUUGAGGCGUUCCAAGUUGCAAUUAACAAAACCAUCGACAAACGUUUCCAAGACAUUACAGCUGAACAAGUGAAAUAUAAGGACAGGAUUGAAACGUUCAAAGUUGCGAUUAACAAGCGCAUCGACAAAUGUUUCCAAGACAUAACUGCUGAACAAGUGAAAUAUAAGGAAACCAUUGAAGCGUUCAAAGUUGCGAUUAACAAAACCAUCGACAAACGUUUCCAAGACAUUACAGCUGAGCAAGUGGAAUAUAAGGGCACCAUCGAAACGUACAUACUUGCAAUAAACAAUUCAUUGGACAAACAAUUCGAAUAUAUUUCUGCUAAGCAAGUCAAAUACAGGGAUGAACUAAAAGAAUUUUUGGAAUAUAAGGAAAAGGACACAAAAAGUUAUCUCAGAACUGUAUUUUACAACAUUUCUACAUUCAAAAGUAAACUUAGGGCGGAUGUAAAUGAAAAUAAUGAUAGUAUCAAAGAAAUGGAUGAAAGCUUUCAACGUAUUUCAUCAGACCUUGCAUCAUUACACAUGAGAGUAGAAGAUAACAGAAAUACGGUUGAUACUCUGAGUACAUUACUGAUAGAAAACAAAGUUCGAUUGAUGAAUGGGUCACAUCCAUAUGAAGGGAGACUUGAAGUAUGGCAUGAAGGGUCUUGGGGAACAGUAUGCGAUGAUGACUUUACAGCGCAGUCUGCAACAGUUGUUUGCAAGAUGUUAAAUUAUCCACAUACUAAUCCUUUGGUAUUUAUGUCCGCAUACUUCGGCGCCGGAAGUUUGCCAAUACACUUUGACGAUUUUGAAUGUACUGGAACUGAGAUAAGCUUACUGCAAUGUCCACAUAGAAGUUGGGGAUCAAAUAAUUGCAGUCAUAGUGAAGAUAUCGGCAUAUCAUGUACACAAGUUCGAUUGGUAAGCGGGUCAAACCAAUAUGAAGGGAGACUAGAAGUAUGGCAUGAUGGGUCUUGGGGAACAGUAUGCCAGGAUUAUUUUACAGAGCUGUCAGCAAAGGUUGUUUGUAAGAUGCUGAAUUAUCAACAUACUAAUUCUCUGGUACUUUGGCACGCACACUUCGGCAUAGGAACAUUGCCAACACAUUUGGACGAUGUUAAGUGUACGGGAACGGAAAUAAGCUUAUCUCAAUGUCCACAUAGAGCAUGGGGAUCUCAUAAUUGUGGUCAUCAUAGAGAUGUCAGCAUAUCAUGUACUCCUGGUAAUUAUUUAAAAGUCUAUCAUUAAAAUGAAUUAUCGCAUGGUUUGGAACUUUUCCUUUGUUCUUACUAACCCAUUAUACUCAGUACACUUCAAUGAGUGACUGAAAACUGUAUUGAUAUAUAACAGUACAGUUUUUUCAUUGAUUCAUAUAGGAAAAAAAAGACUGUUAUAUAUCGGUCGAGUUAUUUUCGCACCUUGUAUAUAUCAAUGCAGAUUUUUUCAUAGAGGCUCCAAUAGGGCAGUGGUAACGA